AUGGCUCGCGCUCAGCGCCUCAGCAUCGUUUUGUGGACCUUGAUGAGCCUCCGGACUGCGGCCGCCCUGCCCUCAUCCUCAGUUGGUCAUCACUUGGAGCCUAUUUUCUCUGAUCCAGAUUGUGAAGGAACGGCUUGCAGCGGAGUUCGGCCCCCGGUUCCACCCCCGCCCUCGCCACCACCCCCCCAGUUGACCCAGGUGGACUCCCCAAACAGCGGGGGCCGUAAACACCGGGACGCCGGCGCCGUGCGACCCUUCCUCGGCCUCACCAACAGUGGCGAUCAGAGCCGGAGCUGCUGCGAGAACGGCGGCACCUGCAUCCUGGGGAGCUUCUGCGCCUGCGCCCCCUUCUUCACCGGCAGGACCUGCGAGUACGACACCCGGGUCAGGAUGUGUGACGUCACCCGCCACGGCGAGUGGGUCCGGAGGGGCUGCUCCUACUGCCGCUGCGGUUACGGCCUCCUGCACUGCUUCCCCGACGUCUUCCACGACAACUGCGACGACCCGGACCAGAGCUGGUACCGCUCCUCGGUCAGCCGGAUCGCCUCGGCCGCUCACUUCCUGUCCCCCACGCUGCUGCCGCUGCUGCUUCCCCUGUUGUCGCUCUUCUAAACCGCCCGGAGGAACUUCAUCAAGUUGCCACGGCGACGCCCGGGAGGCUCUCUGCACUACGUCAACCGGUUUACCGGUUCGGUUCCAGGGCUGGAGGACCUAAAGUAUUUAUGUGUUGAAUUCAAAAUUUACCAUGAAGGGUUUUUUUGUCACUUUGGAAAAGAAACAUUUUAUUUUGAAAAUGUCACUCAGAUCAUUCUUUUUAAUACCAUUUUAAAACAAACUAUAAAAUUGUCACUUUAUUUUGAAAAUAUCACUUUUUUUAAUUACCACUUUUAACAAAACCAUG